AUGGCGGCUACUUCGGCUGCGGGGAACGACUAUUCGCCUGUUCGCGAGACACGUCGCAUUUUCUCCUUCCUGUGCGACCAAGCGGAGCGCCUCAGCUUGCCUACAGAGGUAGUUGAGAGACAAGAUGCGGUGUCGUUCUCUUCCACACACGACGAGAUUUAUUACCCGAUCCCCUUCAAGGAGACGGAGACUUUGGCUGCUUUGAAGGGUGUUGAGGGAUCCGUGGCAGGCGCAAUUGCGGAUUUGCGGUACGGCCCAUCUCAGAAGCGCAAUGUCAAGGUUAGUCUUGAACGGGCUACUGCGUUUGGUUCCCAGGCAUACAUGGCCAAGGUGGACGGGCUGUCCAAAUUGGACCCCGAGGUCAAGAAGAAGUUGAAAGAUACGGAUUUACUUGCGGCUCAAUCUAAUGGCUACCGCCGGAUGUCCGCCAAUCUUUACAAGACCAAGAACAAGGACGAGUUCUUUCACAUCCACGGCUCCCUGGAGGCGACGACGACGCUGAACAUGAUUGGCUUGGAAGGACAGCGUCCGGAUCUGACGGAUUACGAAGACAUCAUCAAGGUCAUUGAGAGCCAUGUCCAGAAGUAUAGCGCUGCGGAAUUGGAGGAAAUGAACAAGGAAAGGAGACAGGCAGGUGUGACGGCAUUCAAGUACGAAGAUUUCAAGAACACUCCACAUGGCAAACUUAACGUUGAGGAACCCCCAUGGAAGGUUACGCGUUUGAACGGUGACCUACCUCCGACACCCUUCCCUGCCAGUCGCAGCGGAAGCAAGAGAAUCCUUGAAGGGGUCAAGGUCCUCGAGCUCUGCCGUAUCAUUGCUGGUCCUACUGUUGCGCGCAUCUUGUCCGAGUAUGGCGCGGAUGUUUUGAAGAUCACCAGCCCGAAUCUGUCUGACGUCCCCUUUUUCCAAGUGGACGGUAACAUGGGCAAGCACGCGGCAGACUUGGACCUCAAGACUGAGGAGAGUCGGCGUCAGUUCGAAGAGCUCCUGGCCGACGCAGAUGUGCUCGUGGACGGUUACCGCCCUGGUGCUCUUGAGAAGCUGGGUUAUGGCGCCAAUGCCCUUGCUUCCCUGGCCGAGAAGCGUGGAAAGGGUAUCGUGUACGUGAACGAGAACUGCUUUGGAUACGAGGGCGAGUGGGCCGGCCGUCCGGGCUGGCAGCAGAUUGCAGACUGCGUGACCGGAAUUGCUUGGGCCCAGGGAAAGUUUAUGGGUUUCUCGACGCCCAUGGUUCCCCCAUUCCCCAUCUCUGACUACGGUACGGGGUGCAUGGGAGCCAUCGCCGCACUGACGGGACUCUAUCACCGCGCCAAACACGGUGGCUCAUACCACGGCAAGGCGUCCUUGAUGCACUACGAUCUGCUCCUCUUCGCCGUCGGACAGUACUCGGAGGCCGUGCAGGAGAAGAUGCGCGCUGCGCAGCCUCCGGAAUUCUUCCAGCUGCGUCAUUGCGACAGCGUGGAUCGUAUCUCAUCCACUGUGUUGAAGAUCAUGCAGAAGCGGUUCCCUCACCUUUAUCAGUCUCCCGAGGAAGCGGGAGCGGAGGCACUGACGGAGAAGUGGUUUUCCAAGGCAUACAAUGCGGAGAUCGAGGUUGUUCGACCUAUUGCGGAGAUUGACGGCGUGGAGAACAAGUUUGUGCGGGCCAGUCGACCGAAUGGAACUGACCGGGCGAGCUGGGAGUUCGAGGAGGAUGAUUGA